CACGGCGCCGCCAGGUCUUCCCUGGAAAUCGAACCCCGACAAGACCCGCCCCAUCGUGCUCCCAUAUCUUAACAUCCUGGCUUGGUUGGUUCUGCAUCCCUCUCCUGAAGUCGGACUAUCAUGGCCUUCUACCUAUGAACGUGCCACCAUUCAAUCUCUCAAAAUCCGCACCACCAAUUCACGCAAGGACAAUCUCCAUUUGCAACCGAUCGAAACAUGGAUAACCCACAAAGAACGCCCGGCCGACCGAGCGGUAUCCCUCGGUUGGCCUCCAGAUUACCUCUACCGACAUCUGCUGCCAAUAAAGCGAUCCGUCCGUCCCCAUCUCGCGAGAAGCUGCAAACCGACCCAGGUCUCAACGCCAGCCGGUUGCGCAGACCCUCCCAGGAACCCGUGUUCAAGAAGCCAUUACCGAAGUACACCGUGCCGAAAAAGCCCGUGGUCAGCCAGCGACCGCCAAGAGAUGUCUCGCAGUCCAGGACAAGCGACGCGGGGGGAUGGGAAGCUGAAGGGGCGUCGAAUAACAAAUCCCUUCAUCUGGACGCCGAGGAUGUGGAAACUCGGGGCCGCACACGACCAUCGCUGUCCGAACGAACGAUCGAGACCCUUUCUCAGAUUCCCCCUUCGCCUGGACCUCAGGGGAGACAGUCCAAUUUCUUUGGCGCAACUAGCCCAAUGCGCUCCCCAUCUCGUCCGCCGUCUGCAUUGACUAGUUACUCCCGGUCACCAUCGAGGUCGUCUUCUCGUCAACCUAGCGGAGGCGAUUUCCUUUCCCGUCCGCCGUCUGCCAUGCGCCUCCCGUCAAGGUCUGGUCCGUCUUUGUCUGCGAGUACUGCAGCAGGCGAUCAAGGUUCCAUUCCCAGUACAGACAGCCCGUCGAAGUUGAAAAGGCCAUCUGCUAGAAUAACCCCCUACGACCGAACCAACGACCUGGCAUCUGCAUCCGAUCUUCGUCCUGCAUCUAGCAGGCCGCAUUCAAGGCCCGCCGAAUCUAUUGCCAAUGUCCCGCAGCAACGCCUGGAAGUGAAGAAAACACGAAAGGUGCAACCGAGGCUUUCGGGUCAGAAGCCGUCGUUGAUAGGGUCACGAUCCCCAUCCGCAAGAUCUACUACAUCCGACCUGACCCCAGAACAGCAGACUGAAAUCGAGACUAGGAAGGUUUCAAGGUCUUCUAGCGCUUUAAGGGAAAGUAUUGCAAAGGCCAAGGCCGCGCGGAAGGCCGAAGCACAAAAAAUCUCAAAAGCGCCGACUUUUGAUCCGGGGAGUAGCUUUGAUACGCAGGAUCCGUUCAACCAGAGACCCAAGGACUCAAACCAUGGGCUUCUGCGGAAGCGCAUUGAAGCGGGCCGAACUUCUGGUCACCUCAACAUCGCAGCCAUGUCGCUAAAAGAACUUCCAAAAGAAGUUAUGACGAUGUACGACUUCGAUCCCAAUUCUACUACUGAGUGGUACGAGAGUGUGGACCUUGUUAGAUUUGUCGCUGCGGAUAACGAAUUCACGGAACUCCCCGACGAGGCCUUCCCCGAUAUUGAUGCCCAGGAGCUCGACCCAGACAUUGAUGAAAAGGGAAAUCAACUUGGCGGUCUUGAGCUUCUGGACCUUCAUGGGAAUAUACUGCAAUCUCUGCCAAUGGGCUUCAGAAGGCUGCAGCGGCUGCACACCCUGAACCUAUCGAAUAACAAUCUCACCAUGGAUGACAUCCGAAUUGUCAUGGACAUGACGUCUCUCAGAGACCUUAAGCUCGCCAGGAACAGGUUGCAAGGGGUGCUUACCCCGGAGAUCGGACGUCUCAGCAACCUGGAAGUCUUGGACUUGCACGAGAAUUCCCUCACAGACCUCCCACAGGAGGUUGGCGAAUUGGCCUCACUUCGAGUGUUGAACGUUGGCAAUAAUGCGCUGAGCUCGCUGCCUUUCGAAGCACUGCGCUUGCUCCCGCUAAAGGAGCUCCAUGCCCCGAGAAAUAAAUUAAAAGACACUCUUUUGCCAGCUUCUGUGCGUAAGUUCGAGACACUGCAUAUCUUGGAUGUAGCCAGCAAUGCGUUGGUGAGACUUUCGGAUCACGAAAGCCUGGAGCUUCCCAACCUACAGACUCUAGCAAUCAAUACAAACCGCAUCCAGGCUCUACCCGAUGUUUCCUCAUGGCAGGCCCUUUUGACCUUGUCGGCCGAGGACAACAGUAUAUCAGAUCUCCCCCAGGGGUUCACUGGUCUGAAAAGCGUUAGAAAUGUUGACUUCACCGGGAACGAUAUCUCGAGGCUAGAUGCGAAGAUCGGUUUGAUGGAGAGCCUCUUCACGUUCCGCAUAGCCAACAAUCCUCUUCGGGAACGCAGGUUCUUGAGUAUGACCACAGAGGAUCUGAAGCGCGACUUGCGUAACCGGUGCGAGCCUGAACCGCAAGAUACCGACGAUGAAGGCUCGGUUGCAACCCAGUUUACAUUGGCGCCAGAAACCCCGGCUCAGACAGCCUCUUGGCAAAUCAAGCCGGGCGGUGUCGUUGACAGGUCCUACACCGAGCUACAGGAGCUGGAGGUAGAGCAGUUGGAACGUAUCAGCUUUCACGACAUCAGAUGCCUUCAACUGCAACACAACCAGCUACGCUGCUUCCCUGUCCCUGCCCUCAGCAUGCUCGCACCCAACCUCGUCGAUCUGGAUCUUUCGAAUAACCCGCUCGAAAGCGCGGCUCUCUUUUCGGCACCUCUUACUCUUCCCAACCUCCAAAAUCUCAACCUCAAUGCUGCUGGCUUGAGUACACUUGAGCCGCUACUAAGCAACCUUACGGCCCCCGCUCUUACUUUCCUAGAUGUCUCAUAUAACCGCCUCUCAGGCCCUCUCCCUGCUGUGCGGCGAAGUUACCCGAGCCUGACAACAUUCUUGGCCGCCGAUAACCGAAUCAGCAGUCUGGACUUUGAUUCCGUACAAGGCCUCCAGGUUCUCGAUGUAGGGAACAAUGAUAUUGAUGUUCUUCCGCCGAAGCUUGGCCUGUUAAGGGGAGAGGGCUCCAGCAAGAACUGGGGCAACGGCGCACCCCUGAGACGAUUCGAAGUAGCAGGAAACAGCUUUCGGGUUCCCCGCUGGCAAAUUGUCGCAAAGGGGACCGAUGCGAUUCUGGAAUGGCUGAAAGACCGCAUCCCUGCUGAAGAACUCCGCAGUUGGGAAUCAGGCGACGAUUCUGAUGAGUGAUAACUUGCGGCGUGGUGACAUGGGAGACACCCGGGUAUGGCCCAGAAUAUGUGCUUGGGGAAAGACUCGGUUUCGGAUUAUUAAACUAUGUAUAUUAUUUCAUCCCAAACGCACAUACGUAUAAU